CCCACAUUGUAUAUCAGUUAGCAAGGAAAUUGCUCGUUCUCAGUGACCGCGUGGAGAGUGAACAUGGCGGAGGAAGUAGGUGAGUCUCGUGAUUCUAUGCUUCGAACUCAACGUUCUGUAAUUUUUUUAUCAAAUGUUUGCACGAAGAAUAUGAUUUUAGACGGUUUAAUCUUACCGCAACGACAAUUCUCAAAACUUUUUUUUUUUUAUUUCCAGGUUCUAAGAAGAAACAUAAGAAACGCAGAAGCCAAAUCCUCGGGGAAGCUGAUGUUGCAGUAAGAGUUUAUUUUUUUUAAUGUUUUAAAUGUACGUUCUAAAUGUAGACUCCCAUUUAAUCACGGAACAGUGAGAACACCCAUAUUUUAUACUUUAAAGGGGGGAUUAAAAUAAUUAAAUUGGAUGUCUGCAGCUGUUUUAACAGGUUGGCGAUUUUUGCCUGACCUAAUUGCAUUUUGGUUUUAAGUCACUAAACUUUGUGUUGCAUGAACAAAUCCUAUUACAGGGUCUCUGAAGGCACGCUUAUCUCAAAUCAGUGGUCUGGGUCCAGUGCCUCUUUACUUUAAUGCUACAGCCUAAAAUAUUGCUGUCUAUUAGUUCCAGCAAUGUUAAGAUUCCCUAUUGAGAAGCAUUAGAUUGGUUGAGAUCAGUUUAGGAUGGUUAUCUCAGCAAGGGAGGUGGGACCAGCAUGGUGUUGGGGGCACCCCUCUAAAUAGUUGGACACUAACAUUAGGUGUACAUGUUUGUAUUCCUAAAGCUGCAGAGUUUUGUUAUAUGCAACUAUCCUCUUGCUGUCUUUUUUUUUUUUUUUUACUUUAAAGUUAUAACGCACAUGCGUACCUGGAGUUACAGUAGGUUCCCCGUUCACAAAAUGGAGUAAAAAAAAUCUGAACAACUUUCUUCUGAUUUUGAGGAGAUACUACUAGACUGUUAGCUAAUCAGGAAGCCUCUGAGUGAUCGGGUGCCAGAUUGAAGACUUUGUUGUUAAACUGCCCAUUAACCUCUUAAAGUAACUGGUGCCUGGGACCCCCAUACCAUAAAUUCAUUAUAAUGAGGUUUGUUGCAUGUAGUGGUCCUGUUAGAGGGAUUCUGUGGGCACCCAGACCAUUUCAACUCAUAGAAGUAGUCUGGGUACAGUUUCACUGUCCCACCUAGUCCUGCAAUGUUUACUUUGCAGUACUAAGACAAGCUAUAGUGGCUACAGACAGCAAAAUCCCCUGCACUCGGGUUCCACGUUUUGCUCAGGCCCACAGCUUGAGGUGCUCUACAUUAGACAGACACUGCUAAUCCAGCCAACUAUACAAGGUAAUAGGAAAUACAGGCAACACUCCCAAGUGUUGAAGGUGUAUUUAUUGGAGGGUAGAACACCCACAUAAGCCUGACUACCAGACAGCCACUAGAGUUGCUUCUGGGAGUUUACAUGACUCUUGGUCACCUAAAUGAAGCUGGAUGUCCUCCCGCUGUGAAUGAGGACAUCCAGUGUCUGCAAAAUCCCCAUUGGAAAGCAGUGAGUCAAUUCCUAUAGGGAGGGCCUAAUGUGCUUACCCAACAAUUUGAGAUCACUUCUUAAACUAGCACCAGAAGUGUCAGAAACAAAUAUGUAUUCCUGACCCUGUAGUGUUAAAACCACCAUCUGGCCUCCUCUUGCCUCCCUAAAUAUAGUAAAAUCUUGUAUUCAAGUCUGUGCCCAUAUUUGCCUGUGAACCGCUGACCUCUCCGAAGUGGUGGUCUGAGCCAAUCACCGUGCUUCCCCAUAGGAUUGGAUGAGACUGUCAAGGAGGCAGAUAAAGGGAGAGCCUGCACAAGCCAAACACAGCCCUGGCCAAUCAGCAUCUCCUCAUAGAGAUGAAUUGAAUUAAUGCAUCUGAGGAAUGUUCGGUGUCUGCAUGCAGAGGGUGGAGACACUGAAUGGCCGUACUGCACAGUGUGCAGCACUGCCCCAGGAAGUGCCUCUAGCAGCCGUCUGAGGAGUGGCCGGUGAAGUUACCACUAGGCUGUAAUAUAAACACUGCAUUUUCUCUGUAAACCGUGUUAACACCAAAAAGCCUGAAGGGAAUGAUUCUACUCACCAGAACAAAUGCAAUAAGCUGUAGUUGUUUUGGUGACUAUAUAGUCUUUAACUGUUGCUUUCAAUAUAAUGCCUUUUCUUGACUGUCUUGCGCUUUUUUUUGUUUUUUUUUUUAUAGGAUAUUCAGCAUGAAAGUGACUUUCUUAUUCAACCGGAAUCAAAAGUGGCUCAGCUAGAUACGUCUCAGUGGCCUUUACUGCUCAAGGUUUGUAGUGUUUUUUUUGUUUGUUUGUUUUUUUUUUCUUAUAGGGACUCUUGUGACAUUUAAUCUGAAAAUUCUUUAAAUUGUGCUAUUUCAAAGAGGGAAAACUUGAACUGUAUUUAUGGUGCCAGGUGUCUCCUGGCACCAUGCCACAAUAAGUUCACUCAAUUUUAUGUAAAUAUACAUUAUUCUCACAAGAAUUAAAUUUGCCUCUGUUAAGUUAAAGGAACUCCAAACAUAAAGCCUUCAGCUUGUAGAAGUGCUGUGUGUGUCAGGUUUUACACCCAAGGGAUACUGUAGACCCUAAACAACUUUAGCCUAAUGAUACCGUUUUGAUAUAUGGAUCAUGCCCCCUGCAGUCUCACUGCUUAAAUCUCUGCCAUUUGAGUUAAAUCACGUUUGUUUAUGCAGCCCUAGCCACACCUUCCCUGGCUGUGACUCUGUCUGCAUGAAAAGAAAUAGCUUCACUUUUAAUCAGGAGUAACUUACUUUACAAAUUAUCUCCUGCUUUAUAAUUUGAACUUUUUAAUUACAUAUAGCAGGCUCAUACAGGGUGUAGUAAGCUAUUUACAGAGCAGGGGAUAAGAAUUUCUAAAUUAAACAGCAUUUUCAAUACAGGAAGUGUUUGGAAGGCGGUGUAAGUCACAUGCAGGGAGGUGUGACUAGAGCUGCAUAAACAAAGUGAUUAACUCCUAAAUGGCAGAGACUCAAGCAGUGAGACUAUGGGGAAAACGAUCUAUACACCAACGCUGCUUCAUUAAGUUAGUUGUUUUGGUGGCUAUAGUGUCCAAUUAAAGGACCACUCUAGGCACCCAGACCACUUCAGCUUAAUGAGGUGGUCUGGGUGCCUGGUCCAUCUAGGGUUAACCCAUUUUUUUCAUAAACAUUGCAGUUUCAGAGAAACUGCUAUGUUUAUGAAUGGGUUAAGCCUUCCCCCUAAUCCUCUAGUGGCUGUCUCAUUGACAGCCACUAGAGGCGCUUGCGUGCUUCUCACAGUGAGAGCACGCAAGUGUCCAUAGGAAAGCAUUAUGAAUGCUUUCCUAUGUGACCGGCUGCGCGCGCGGCUUCAGCCGACGGAGAGGAGGAUCGUAGGAGGAGAGCACCCCACCCAGCGCUGGAAAAAGGUAAGUUUAAACCCCUUUCUCCCUUCCAGAGCCAGGCGGGUGGGGGUUUUUCUGGCACUAUAGUGGUCCUUUAAGAACACAACAUUGUUAUGCAGACAAAACUUACUAUAACAUUUUAUAAAAAAAUUUUAUUUUUAUUUUUUUCUCUUCCUCUUCUUCUUUAGAACUUUGACAAACUGAAUGUUCGGACAGCUCACUAUACUCCUAUACCUUCUGGUUCCAAUCCUUUGAAGAGAGACAUUGCUGAAUAUGUUAAGUAUGUGAUGUUUUCUUUUGAAUAGGCACCAUGUUUAUAUGUUCUGUAAAUUAAACUUUAGCCAUAGAGGAAGCCCAUGCAAGGUUUAGUAAGCUAUGAACAGAGCAGGAAAUUCUAAAUUUAACAAUUUGUAAUAAAGGAAAUAUUAAGAAUAGAUUUUACUUUACAUGAAGUGUUUAGGAAAGGUGUGAUUAGGGCUGCAUAAGCAAAGUGAUUUAACUCCUAAAUGGCAGAGCAGUGAAAUUGCAGAGGAAUCAUCUAUACACCAGUACUGCUUCAGUAAGCUAAAGUUGUUUUGGUGACUGUAGUAUCUCUUUGAAUAUAUAAGGUCACUAUGUGACUUGCCAGUGCAGACUUGAAUUAAAUUUUACAUGAAAAUAACCAAAAGAGAAGAGGCGAGGGGAAAUAGGAAACAUCCCUAGUGACCCAGGUUUUAUUUAAGCCAUGAAUCCCAAGUUUUACAAAAAGAAUAUUGGAAGCCAAACAUGGGAGCUUGUCGUGGGCUAAAGAAGUGUAACUGCCAGCUGAACUCUUUCAACCGAUCACAUGUCCAUGUCUGGUAUGUGUAGAAGAAAGCAUUUAAUCUCUGGCUUAGCCAUAUCUCUAGUAGAGCUGGGCUGUGGAUAGCCAGGAACAAGUGUUAAAUUGGUCAAACUGUUUCACACGGAUUGAAAAUGUUGGUGUGGGUUGUAAUUUGUGUCCAAAUAUCCCUAAAAUCUUAUACUUUUUUUUUUUUUCCUCUCCUCUCUCUGUAGGACUGGGUUUAUUAACCUUGAUAAACCAGCUAACCCUUCCUCUCAUGAGGUUGUUGCAUGGAUUCGACGUAUACUGCGUGUAGAGAAAACUGGUCACAGUGGAACUUUGGAUCCCAAAGUGACUGGCUGUCUUAUUGUCUGCAUUGACCGCGCCACUCGACUUGUUAAGUCGCAGCAGAGUGCAGGUAAGUUUAGGGUGUUAAUCCAAUCGGAUUUGAAGUGGUCAUGGUGGUAGAAGCAAUGUUUCUGCUACAGAAAUAUUGAUACUAGUCCUGCGGGCUAGUUGCACUCAAAGCACAUGCAACUUAGGCAGUUUGGAACACUGUUCCAGACUACCUAAAGUGAUGUCUGUCGUUUGCGCACUCUUCAGACGCAAGAAGAUUCUACACAUUGCAGGCAGAGACUUUUUCACUGUGUGUGCUAAGGCAUGCACAGUCUCUGGCCAGGAUCUCCAAGCCUGCCAUUGUGUCAUAAACUAUAUUGUCUGCCUCCCACCAUCUCUCCCUUGUCACUACUUGUGUCCCUGGGCUCUGAACAGAGUGCAAUUUGCUCCGGGCCUGUAACCAAAGUAAUUUAUUGAUAUAGAACAAGCUAAAAGAUGAUUCAGAUAGGUAUGUAGAUGUAGAGAUUGAUAUGGAGUUUAUAGAUCUAAGUGGUAGGAUAAAUAAAGAUGGUUUAAAAUUGAAUGAGAGAGAACUAUAUAAGGUAGAGAUAUAGAUGUGGUUGAAUGUUGUCAUAUUUAUACACUGGGGGUGAGCGGCGACAUGAGCGGUCAAUCGGCAUACGUCGCCGCUCGUGAUCAUGCAGGCCACUUGCAUGCAGUCUGCUGCUAGUCUUUAGAGCCCAAACCAUUGAAAGUAAUGAUUUUAUAUGUGAAGAAGCUAAUUGGUGCAUUAGUUAUAAUUUAAUAGAAUUUUUAUUUUUUUGAAAAAUUGCAGGGUGACCUAAAGAAAAUGAUAGGAAAGGGCACAUGUAGCACAAAAUAGGUUACUCCAACAAUGUGUUGGAGUAACCCUUUAAAUAUAACUUUGAUUUAUUUUAUUUUUUUAUGCAACGUAAUUCUCACACAUUGCUAAAUCUUCUAAUUCAGGGAAAGAAUACGUUGGGAUUGUACGACUGCACAAUGCAUUAGAGAAUGAGCUUCAGCUGUCACGGGUAAGAUACCACCUUAGUCAUGGCUUUUCUCUUGGACUUUUCUCUUGUGGAAUGAUGACACAGUUUAUCCAUUCUCUGAUCCUAAGGCUUAUUCCUGAAGCACUCUGACUCUGUUGGAGUGUAUUGCUUUCCUUUCACUGUUCAUAAUGUGUCUUGCAGUAUGACCAGAGGUGAGGUCUGUCAAAUAGGGAAUGUGGCCAGUGGGAAAGAUGAUUAACAAUCUCUGACCAUAAUGGACUGAUGAUUCAUGAUCUAUUUCAUUGUAGAAAGGCAUUCUCAUGUAACCUUUCAAAAAUUAUUUUCAGGCUCUGGAGACUUUAACAGGUGCCUUGUUCCAGCGACCUCCUCUUAUUGCAGCAGUCAAGAGGCAGCUACGUGUAAGAACCAUCUAUGAAAGUAAAUUAAUAGAGUAUGAUCCUGAACGCAGGCUUGGUGAGCAUAACAAUUUUUCAUACUAGGCUGCCACAGAUGUGUGGAUAACCAAAUAUCUAACUUAUGUUUGCUUCUUCAGAGAUGUCUAACAGAAUGUAUGCAUCAGCAGUGACUUCUAAAUGCAAUCAUGGUUUUUGGAGAAUAUCUCAAAGUGUAGCGUUAAGAUUUCGAAGAAUACUCUUAAGCACAAAAAAUAACUGCUGUCUUGUUGCUCAAUUCCAUGCUGUUUAGGAGUUAAAACACGCACUCCUUGGAAGUAGUCCAGUUGUUAUAGCACAAUAGGGUUAUGUAUAGUAUACAGAAAAGUGAUGCUGGGUUUCAUGGUAACAACCCACGUUUAAGUACUUGAACAGAAAUUGUAUAAUCCUCCAAUAUGUAUCAUUGUAAGGUAAAAAAAAGUUUUACUAAACCGCAACAUAUUGAAUAGUUGAGACUGCAGGGACAUGAUCUGUACACCAAAACUGUUUCAUUAAGCUAAAGUUAACAAAUUUAAUGUGUGUUUUUUUUUCAUACUUUAAUAAUAACAAAUGGACACUAUAGGCUCCAGAACCGCUACAACUUAUUUUAUAGUUCUGGCGCAAAGAGCACUACUCUGCAGACUGAGCAGUGUAAACACUGCCUUAUCUGAAUAAAAGCAGUGUCUACUGACUAAAGCCACACCUGUUUGACCGUCACUAGAGCAGGUGUAGACAAUCUUUGGCACUCCAGUUGUUAUGGACCACAUCUCCCUUGAUGCUUUGUCAGCAUUAUCGAAGACGUAAUUGACAACACCCAGAGAGCUGAUGGUUGCCUACUCCUGCAUUAGAGGGUCUUCCUGGGUUCUGUCCUACAAAUAAUGCUUCAGAAUAUGGUUUGACAACUUACGUGGGGUCCACUGUACCUCUGAGUCUGGAAAUUCCUGUUUCAAGCGAAGUCUGGCAGUAAAUGAUGGCUGAGCUUGUUCAUUUGACACUCUGCCAAUGUUCCGACCUUACAGUGAAGUACUUAGGUCAGCGGAUUCAACUGAAGCUCCUUGCAGGUGCCUCUGGAUCUAAUGGCAGGGAGUUAUCCAAGCCAUGGUAUUCCCUACACCAUAACAGCUACAGUAGACUGCACAAAACCUUCACUGUGAAUGCAAGUUCUCAAUAGGUUUUUAAAUUCCAUCACUUACCUCCUGUAUUCUGCACAAUGUCCUCAUAAUUACUACAAAUCCAGAGAUGCCAGACUAGGGUUCUAAAUUUGUAGAAAUAAAACAUCCAGCUGCUAAGUCACCUCAAUGUGCAUGACUAUUUAACAAACCCUACUCUUGAUUUUACAGGUAUUUUCUGGGUGAGCUGUGAAGCUGGCACAUACAUCCGUACCUUGUGUGUUCAUCUUGGAUUGUUGCUUGGUGUUGGAGGUCAGAUGCAGGAGUUGCGUAGAGUUCGAUCAGGGGUACUGGGAGAGAAGGUAACAAUCUUCACUUCUUCUCUAGAACCCAAAUGCGUUGAGUUCAGCCUGUGGUUUUUCCCACUUGCUGUUAAUUAGCUUUUGGGACACUAAUGAGCUUGCAGGAAUAAUCAACAUGACUGACCUGUAGCCAACAUUUAAGUCACUCUUACUGAAGGGUGUGCUUCAAUGACUCACUUUGUGUUGUCCCUCAGGAUAAUCUUGUCACCAUGCAUGAUGUCCUGGAUGCUCAGUGGCAGUUUGAUAAUAAUAAGGAUGAAAAUUAUCUACGCAGAGUAAUCUAUCCUUUGGAGAAACUUCUAGUGUCUCACAAGAGAUUGGUCAUGAAGGACAGUGCCGUAAGUAAUGCUUGAUUUGUUAAUGUUGUAACUGCAGACUUGCUGUUUCAGCUACUUUCAGUUAAAUAGUCCUCUACCUAGUAGUAUUCAUUUUAAAAUAAGUUUUUACAAAUUUGUUCUUUAAUAGGUCAAUGCCAUAUGUUAUGGAGCAAAGAUAAUGCUGCCAGGUCUACUGCGGUAUGAAGAUGGUAUUGAACUCAACCAGGAUAUUGUGGUGGUAACCACAAAAGGAGAAGCAAUUUGCAUUGGUGAGGACCCGUUCUGUGUAUCAUUUGAUGAACAUGUGAGAUGAUGACAAAGUUUAUCCAUUCUCUGAGCCUGGAGCAGUUUACUGUAGCUCUGUUCUUCUGUAGGCUGGUGUUUCACUCUGUGCAACUGUCUUGUGUUCUACAAUGUCAAUUUUGCACAGAGAAGGGAAGAGCAUGAGCUUGGUUUUGCUUUGGGUAAAGGAGGAAUAAACGGUCUGAUCAAAGUUUAAAUUCUAGCUAUGAUUGGGCGGUGGUGUUGAUUCUUGUUUGUUUCCAAUGCAGCUACUGCUCUAAUGACCACAGCUGUGAUCUCAACAUGUGACCAUGGCAUAGUGGCAAAAAUAAAGCGCGUUAUUAUGGAAAGGGACACCUACCCACGUAAAUGGGGGCUUGGACCUAAGGUGAGUAAAUCUAUUUCCUGAAGCAAAAGUUUAGUUCGUAGAGGAGUAAUGGAGUACAUGUGUAUUCCUGAGCCAUAUGAUGUACCUUAGAUGUCAUGAGCACUCUGUGUGAUGCUGACCUUAUAUCUAUCACCCAGUAACUGAUGGUUUAUGCAACUUCGUAAAAUGGGGGAGAAUCAAAGUUUGGGGGUUUUUUUUUUUCAAGCAAAGACUGACUUUUUUUUUUUUUUUUUUCUCCCUCCCUACUCAAGGCAAGUCAAAAAAAGAUGAUGAUUCAGAAAGGGCUCCUUGACAAGCAUGGUAAACCAAAUGAGAAGACACCAGUGAGCUGGAACCAGGCCUAUGUAGACUACAGGUAUUAUGGCUUUUCAGUUGGUCACAUGUGCCUGGAUGGAGUGAAUUAAAGAAUUUGAGUCUGACUUUUCUCUCUCCUCCUCCCUCCCCACUUUAGUGCUCCAAAGAAAGUUUUGCCUGAAGAGGAUUCGGCUAAGGUAUAGUAACUCUCUCUCAAAAAACAAUCACCAAUGUCUCUCUGUAUUCACUCUUCUGUACAUGCAGUUCAACUCAGCCAUAAAGUCCUCUUUGGCUUUAAGCUCCCACGAAUGCUAGGUCUGUCUGUUUUAAAAAGCAAACUCCCCAAACAGGUGUCAGUGUAUGAAAACCCAAAGGGCCUAGCACAGGCUUUCACAAAAGUUAGAUCUCCAGAUGUUAAACUACAACUCCCAUGAUACUUUGCAUGCCUUUAGAAUGACAAAGCUUAAUGGAAGCUGUAGUUUUAAAACUUCUGGAGCGCUACCUUUCAGGCUCCCCUGACCUAGCACAUGUGUUUGAGACCAAUUUUCUAAACCUUGAAAAUGUGAUUUGACCUUUUUUUAAAGUGGAAAUCUAGAAUCACACGCCCGAUCUAUGUAGAGCAGCUCUGGUGUUCUGUGCUUGGAGGAUAGUGUUUCAAGUACAGUUGGAUCUAUAGUAGGUUUUUACAUAAAAUUAACUCCCAUUGUUACACUAUCCUGCCUAGUAUGUCUACUGUGUUUGGGGAGGAGGUAAUGUCUCUCUUCUGGCAAGGAGGCCAUUAAAUAUGGACAAACUUUAUUUUUAUUUUUUUAGAGAAAACAGAGUGACCCUGAUACAGAAACACCUGCAGAAUCUAGCAAAAAAAAGGUAAGCUGGAAAGUGAAACAUGCAUGCUAAAAGUCUUUGGAGAGCUUGACUUGGUAGUCUGGUACUCUAAGCUGUGUUUUUAAAUUUUUAUUUUUAGCUUAUGUUCUGCAACCUAAACUUUAAAGAUAUGGUGUAUGUCACUCACUGGAGUCGUAUAAUGUAUCUGUUUAGCUUGCUCUCUUUACCAAGUUAUCUAUUCUCCCCUCACCACCCCUCCUCUUUGUGACUGGAAUAGAAUAGUCUAGAUAACCCUUAACUCUUGUCUGCUACUCUUUUUUUUUUUUUCUGUAGAAGAAACAUGUAGCUGAAACAGACAGCGACAGUGCAAGUCCUCCUGUAGUGAAAAAGGUAAGUGCACACAAGACUAAUACCAGAAAAGUAAAUCUGCGGCAUUUACUCGCAAAGUAAAUGUUAAGUGUUUGCUCUAUUUUCUUUCAGAGAAAGAAGGAUUCUAGUGAAAAGGCCGUCCAUAAGAAGACGUGUGAUGAGGAAUCUAUGGAAGAAACCACAGAGGUAACAAAUUCCCGUUUUUAUCUAGGCAUCGACUUAUUUGUAUGUAAAAUAGAUUCUUAUAAUACUCGAUGGUUCAUGUUGUCAAGUAAUUUUAAACUACACUGAGCUGAAUGAGUCCUUGUUUCCAGUAGAUCUCAUUGCUAGUGUGAAUUACUUUAAAAUAUAUAUAGAUCUUUCUCUCUCAUCUCUAUCCAACCAGUGAUCCCCAAAUCCUUUGGUCUAUAUCAGAGUAUUAAGUUAAUUGAUGAUGAAAGGUAAUCUAAACCCUAAAUAACUUGUACUUCUCAGAGGAGUAAUGAGAAUAUACAUCAAUCACUGCACUCUGCCAAUCCAAUGCUUCUCACAGGGAAACAUUGGAAGCACACAGUUUCUGGCCAUACUAUUUAAUUUUAGUCCAAAGCCCCUAGUAAGCAUGGAAACUGCACAAUAUGACCAGUGCCACUUCUCAAAUAGCAAUUUGGCACGGACAAUCUGCCUUAAAAUGACUAAUAAUAAAGAUAGUUACUCCGAACAAUAUGAUGACCACUCCAGUGACUUGAACUGGUGAUUGUGUAGGCAGUGUUUUUGAUAUGAAGCACUGUACAUGCAAAAAAUUUAACUCCCCUGCUGCUUUAGCUGUAACCAAAUCUGGUAGCAUCAUUGGAUGUCAUUAGUCUGCCUGCAAUACGUUUUUAUGAGCUGGCUAAUAUGCUGUUGAAAAAUUAGCAUCUGACACAACUACACACAGCAUCUUUUUUGGAGCAAUACAGCCAAUGGUGGCAUGGUGGUCAUUGCCCAUGUUCUCCUCCUUUCUGUACUAGACUACAUUCUGCAGUCAAGAGUUGGAAGUGCUACAAACUGGCUUUUUUUUCCUUCUUUUGAAACAGCAGCAAAAAAACUGAUGUGAGCAAGGCUGAACUUGAUGGACUCAUUCAUGACUUUUUUUAAUUUACAAUUUUAAAAUCCUGGGAAGUGAUCUUUAAUGUAACUUUGUUAAACCAGAUUGACUUUAAAAUGUUUUUUUUCUACCCCCUUUUUAUAUUUUUAUUUUAGACUACCGAAAGUGUGAAAAAGAAGAAGAAAAAGAAGAAAUCAAAAGAGGUUGCUGAUUAAUGGGUUUUCUCUGUGUACUUUGAGCCAUUGAAUCACAUGGAGUUGACAAUAUUUUUUUUAUUUUUCCCCUUCUGUUGCUUGUCCUGUUUUAAGGGUGGUACAGAACAUGACUGCAUUUCUUUUUUUAAAAAAUAUUGCAGCAUUGAGUAACUAAGAACAGGCACCUGAUAGCCCUGUGGGUGAAUGUCUAAUGGGGCCUGAUAUGUUUUUGUUUUUUGGGGGGAGGGGAUGCAUUAAAGAUUUUUACCUUA